AUGAUUCCUGGUGUAUGCGGAGAGAAGGUCGACAUGACGGCCAGGCUCAUCACAGACGCCGAAAAUCUGGACGGCGGUAGGUAAUUUGUUGUGUGUCUGUGUGGCAGACAGAGAGAGACAUUGCAUUGGUUUGUGUGUCUCUGUGAUCGACGAGCAGGCAUCCACUGUAACGUGACUUUGGAUGGCGAUGCGCUGCGGCUCACAGAGACCGACACAGACGAGGUGAACACCCAACACAGCCAAUCACUCAUGCGUUUGUGUAUGUCAAUGUGUGUGUGUGCUGUGCAGGAGCUGGCCAAGUAUGGUUUGGACGGCAUCAAGACGCCCAUACUGCUUACACCGUCCUCCAAACAGUGCACCGCCAUCAGAUUUGCGUACGAAUGUCUGACCACCAGCAACAUUCACAACCAGCGACACACACCUCCUCUGUGUGCGUUCGGGGUGCAGUGAGAGGCCGGACGACACCAUUUGCCUCAAGUCUCAGAUGACUCGCGACAAAGUACUCACUCACUCACUUUCACAAAGCACACCGACGCGCACACAUUACGUUGCUGCAAUCUCUGGUUGUGUGUGAAUGUACGUGUGCAGUUGUGGGUGGCGCUGAACGUGGCCAUCUUGUGUCGUCACGUUGGUGAGUUCCGCACCGAUCUGCCCACCGUCCCCACACCAGAGGAAAAAGAGGCACUCGUGUUCGAAGGUACCUACUGUACACACGCAGACCAGAGCAGAGCUGGGUGGACAGACAGACAGACAGACAGACAGUGCGGCCACAGCGAACAUUCCUCUCUGUCUGUCUCUGUGUGCGUGUCUGUGUCCAGGCGAAGACCCGGACAGUGGAAUACAUGUCCAUUUGCCGAACGUCGAGAAGGCCAAAAUCGCACCCCAAGUCACCUCCAUGUGAGUGAGUCAACACACAACCGACCGGUGCGUGAGUGAGGAAAGGACUGACUGACUGACAAACGAUGGAUGCAUGGCUUACACAAACUAACGGGUGCGUGGAUGGGUGCGUGCCAAUGGAAUGGGUAA